AUGGACCCUAAAAAACCUCAAAUUUUACCUUAUACUACUCUCUUACGCCGUAUAUACCGUGCCUUUGGCUUUAAUAAGGGGUACAACUUUGUUCUUUGGUUCCUCUUCGGCGGAGCUUUUCUUGCUUUUACCCUAUCCCGUUUUAUAUAUCUCGACUUUGAUGGACGACUAUGUCCUAGUGAGCCACCUACCAAUAGACCGUACGGUUCAAGAGGAGCUGUUCCUGGAGAGUGCUACCAUUACCGUCGUGGUGUCGGCAAAGCUGGUAUAAUCAUGCAUCUUGCUGGCAUUCUCCCGGCAGCUGUUCUGGUGGUCUUUCAGUUUCUACCAGUUAUUCGACAUAGAUCUCUCAUCGUUCAUCGAAUAAAUGGCUAUAUUGUUCUCCUGUUGUCAACAGUUGGAAUGAUUGGGGUCUUUAUGAUCGCCAGACACACUUUUGGUGGCACGUUGGAAAUGCAGACGGUUACUGGUGCUGCGAGCAUACUGUUUGUUACAUGCAUGUUGUUGGCUUACAUCAACAUCAAGAAGCUCCAACUUGAGCAACAUCGAGCGUGGAUGAUCCGAGGGUGGAUUAUUGCCGCUCAUGUUGUCACCAUGAGACUCAUUGGGAUUAUAAUGGCCCAGAUUACCAGCCGGAUGGAUCCUUAUUAUACUACUACUCCAUGUGCAGUCUUGGACUCAAUGUUCUAUCACAACAAGCCUGCCGUGGAAGCACUAUACCUAGACUGCAUUGGAUUCUACACGGGUGAAACUCCAGACCAGCGCGUCAUCAUCAAGGGAACAUCGGGUGGACGCCCCGACGAGAUUGCAGCCAGUCUCAAUAGUGCUUUCGGGGCGAGUGCCUGGCUUGCUUUGCUCAUUCACAUCAUGGCUGCGGAGUUGUAUCUUCGACUUACAUCUGCUGAGAGUGAGAGAUUACGAAAGGUGUCUUAUAGGUGGCAGCAAAAUGCUGGUAUGAAGGAUCCGGGGAAUGCUGGGUUGACGGCGCAGAGACUUGGGGAUGCGGAGCCGUGGGCAUAUCCUGUUGAUGACCAGACGCUUUAUGAUGACGGGGAGAGUUUUAGGUAA